CGGUAUGGUGGGAGUCAGUUCUGUUAUAGUAGGCCACGAGGUAGCAGCUCUGGUGUUCCCGCAGGUGUAGGCACACGGCCAGAGCCCGAGCCGAACUCUCUCUUAGUUUCUGCUGGCGCAGCAGGCCUCUCGUUUUGUCGGAGAGCGCGCCGCUCCGUGAAAAGCCGAGCCUCUCGCGGUCGCCGCGAAAGCGAUCCACCGGGCCAACCGAGAUCGCGAAACCCGCGUGGAACCGCGUCGACACGAUCGCCAAAAUAAUUCAAAAUUAAUAAAUCGAAGUUCGCGCGACCAGCGAUCGAGCCGCAACGAUCAACCGACGACCUGGCGCGACCAGCCGAAGCGUGACCGUCGGCAUGGAACGGCUUCGUUCGUGCAGCCACGGAUCGGUAAUGUGAUCGCACAAGUGCCCGGAUCAUUCCGAUCGGCCAGCACACCGGGAGUUUCGUAACAGUGAACACGAUCCACGCCGAUUCCACUUCGAGUCUGAUCAUCGUCGAUCGACCGAGACAUCCUGGUGUCCCCGCCGUUUCGAAGGAGAAAGCAGCCGAAGCUGAGCGGUCGAAAUCGGUAGAAAUCGGUCCUCGGCAGACGUCCGAGUCGCCGGAAACAUCCGCGGGGAACGCGAGCAAAAUCUUCUGGCAAGGACGCUCGAAAUUUGCACUGGGAGUGAGGAAAUUGGAAUUGGAGAUCGAACGGCGCACUUGGGGCUGCUGGAAUUGUAUUUGAAACUCGAAGCUCGAAAUUUGAACUUGAAGCUCGGAAAUUGCACUCGAAGCUCGAGAAAUUGUACCCCAAGCUCAAUAAUUGCACUCGAAAGCUAAAAAGUUGCAAGCGAAGCUCAAAAUUUCUGAUUAAGGUCCGAAAGUUGCACGCGAAGCUCUAACAAUUGCACUGGAGAGUAAAAUUUUAAGUCGAAGGGUGAAAUCUCCGCUCGAUACGCGAAGAUUGCGCUCAAAGCUGGAUAGGUUGUGCUCGAAGUUGCAAAGUUGCAACUUGACACUCGAAAAUUACAACUUGACGCUUGAAAAUUGUAACUUGACACUUGAAAAUUGCAACCUGACACUCGAAAAUUGCAACUUGAAACUCCAUAAAUUAUAUUUGAAGUUCGAAUAUUGCAACUUGCUGUUCAAAAAGUUGCAGACAAUGCUAACAAUCUCGAUUGAAAGCUCGAAGCUUGAACUUAAAGCUUUAAAGUUGCAACUUGAAAUCGGAAAAUUGCAACUUGACGCUUGAAAAUUGCAACCCGAAGCUCGAAAAAUUAUACUUGAAUCUCGAACAUUGCAACUUGGUAUUAAAAAGUUGCAGUCGAUGCUAACAAUUCGAACUCGAAGUUUGAUAUUUCUACUAAAGGCUAAGAGAAUUGCGCUCGAAGUUUGAAAUUUGCCCACCGAGUUCAAAAUUAGAACACAAAGCGGUUUCCACUGAAAAUUCAAAGUUUGAAUCCGGAACUCGAAAAACUCGCUCUCGGAUCUCGAAAUUUGCGCUCGAACCCCGAAAUCUGCACCGGAAGAAUCGAGAGUCGGCGUACAAUAGGGGUCGAUAAAGAAGGGAGCCGCGUGUGUCGAAAGACCGGGAGAAAUCGACGGAAACGUCGAAUCGUGCUGGUCGAGCCGGCAGCGAUCGAUCGUCCUUUUCUCCGUGUUCAGCCGUUUCUCCGGAUCCUCUGUUGUUUACCGUUCACGCCGACGAAGCCAGACGGUAGAAUGAAAGCACGCUGACCUUUCGCGUGCAUCGAAGCUGCUUCACGCUAACCGACGGACCCAUACACGUGCUCCUGCGAUCUUCGAAUCGGCGCGCGAAGAGACAAUGGAGUUUUGAACCUGGGAUCUUGCAUUGCCGGCUGAUCCACCUGACGUGAGAUGAUUGGCAAAUUGACCGUGUGCUUUUGGAUACUCGGAUGGAUCAGCAGCUACGGAGAUCCCGCGUGGGCACAAGAGUGGCCGACGCCUCUCGACGAAUCUGCAGACGAGAAGAACGAUGUGGUGAUCUUCCGUUCGGUCGUCGAGUCGAUGAAAGAGUGGACGUUGCACAAGAUAUUGAGCCGCAGGACGAAGAGGGACGUCUCGAAGGUCUGCUACGAGGAUGUCGGCUGCUUCGAGGACACCGGGCCCUUCAGCUACUUGGAGAUGCUGCCAUCACCGCCCAAAGAUGUCGGCACUAGGUUUCUAGUGUACGGAAGCAGGAAGGCGAGAUCGAUACCGAUGGAGGUUCCUGCCGACGACAUAAACGACAACGCGCACCGUGCCAUAGAUCCGGAUCUACCUACCAAGGUGAUCGUCCACGGAUUCGGAUCCAGCUGCGAUCAUGUUUGGGUGUACGAGAUGAGGUCCGCGCUGAUGACCGUGCACGAAUGCAAUAUAGUGUGCGUCGAUUGGGGUCCAGGAAGCGCAGUUCCUAACUACGUAAGAGCAGCUGCCAACACUCGGCUGGUUGGCAGACAGCUAGCGAAACUAAUUAGAAGCCUGAACGUGCCUUUGGAGAAGGUCCAUCUGAUUGGUUUCAGUCUCGGUGCCCAUGUGGCUGGCUUCGCUGGCGCCGAAUUGGGCAACGUGUCCAGGAUCACAGGACUGGACCCAGCAGGACCCCUGUUCGAGUCGCAGGAUCCGAGGGCCAGACUCGACGAAUCCGACGCCAACUUCGUCGACGUGAUACACAGCAAUGGCGAGCAGUUGCUGUUAGGUGGUCUAGGCUCGUGGCAACCUAUGGGCGACGUGGACUUCUACCCCAAUGGCGGCAGAAUGCAAACCGGGUGCUCGAAUCUGUUCUUGGGCGCUGUGUCCGACAUCAUUUGGUCGAGCGCGGUGGAAGGUAGAUCCCUCUGCAACCACAGAAGGGCCUACAAGCUGUUCACCGACUCGGUCAGCCCUAAGUGCCGAUUCCCAGCGUUCCCCUGCGAGCGUGGCUACGACGGUCUGGUGAAAGGCGAGUGCUUCCCCUGCGGGAUGAACGGGAUGGGCAGACCAUGCGGCGACAUGGGCUACUACAGCGACGAGUCCCCCGCCAGGGGGCAGCUCUACCUUGUCACGAGAGAAGAAGAACCAUUCUGCGCGCACCAGUAUCAGGUCAAAGUCUACAACAGCCACAGCGAACGACCCACCAGAACCUACGGCAAGCUGCAGGUCACUAUGGUCGGCGACGGUUCCUUCAACGACAGCUUCGCGAUGACCAGGAACGACGAGGAGCUACUGGUCGGGGCUGUUCUGCAGAAGAUCAUCGUACCGCACCCUGCAAUCUCCACUCUGGAGGCUAUCGAAAUCAAGUACACGGCGUACAGCGGCUGGAUCUCCUCCGGCCUGGUGUCCUGGAGCAUCGACAAGGUAGCCAUCAUCGACAGUUUCGGGAAGACGUUGUCGAUCUGCAGGAAAGGCUUGAGCCUGGAGUCGGGCAAGCCGGUGUUCCUGCCUCUGUUCUCCGGCGAGUGCAACGUGCCCACGGAGCCAGAGAACUCGACGUCCCCGAUCCUCGAGCGGCUUCUCCAGGAGAAGCAAGGCGGCGGGAUCGGUCCGUUCACGAAGGAGCAGAACUACGAGCCCGUGGAAGCCCUGUCAAAGGAAAAAACGUCUUCGUCGACGUCGAAGGGCUUGGGCCCGUUCACGAAGGACCAAAACAUCCGGAUAGUGGAGAGGAAGGAGACCUUCAAGGCGAACAGCUUCGAGGACCCGACGAACCGUCGCAGCGCGAAUCCUUGGAAUAUCGCGGACAUAUCCAGCGACGGGGACUCGAAUUCGCUGGAGAACUCGGACUCCGAGCGGGGGAGAGGAUUCUCGGGACCGAACUUCUUCCAGAGGGCCCCGUCCUCCGACUCCUCGUCUCUGGACUCUUCGACGGAAUUCUUGCCAGAGAUCCGGGAGCCGGUGCUCAGGGUAAGCAAGAAGGAGACCGGCAGGUCUCUGAAGCUGCCGGAGAUCACGGAGCCUAUUCUGAGACCGCGGUCUGCGAGGCAGAACACCAGAAACGAGGUCCAUGCUCGGGAGCAGCAAAAAGACGAGAUACAAGAGACCUCGUCGACCACGAGGUCCUUCACCGUGCAGUUCCUGCCGGAGAGGCUAGCUGGCAUCUUGGCCCAGGCUGAGAGGUACGCGAGACAGACUCUGCUGCCUCUGAUCUCCCAGUACACUCCCAGCUUCGUGACCGGGUCGCGCUACGAGGAGCCCAAGUACUUCCCUCCUCUGGGAGAUAUUGCCUCGGAGGAGAGCAAGGAGUCUGAAGAGGCGCAGCUCGACCAGGAGAACGAAAGCAGCAAAUUAGAAACUGUCUCGGAGUCUCUGCCAGUUCUGUCUAGUGAGAAGAUCUUUGACAUCGCGUCGGUAGAGGUGCCAGCAGUGGUAGAGGCGGUCCAUCCCGAGAGGACAAGCUCGAAUGCGACGGACUCCGAGGCUGCGACAGACCAAUGGACGCCUAUCAGUCCCUCCUCGAACGUGAACACGGUCUCGGCCCAGUCUCGCAGGGAAUUCAACGUGUCCAGAUCUCUGAACUGGGAGAACGCUACCUACAGCUGGUCCAUCGACUCUGACGACAGCUCCGAGAACAGUAGCUUCAAGUCUGGAGACGAUUGGGUGCCUAUGACGGCAAUGGCCGAUGUCAAGGAUUCAACCGAGAGUCCCCGCAACGUCUCCAACGAGCUUCCUCGGGCGAGCACCGUGUCCAAGGUAGAAACAAUCCAUGUGUCCGAACCUGUCAGAGAGUCCGAAAGUGUAUCGAACGAAGCCGAGAAGGAGACUAAGUACAUUCCUCUCAUUGAACCGGAAGUCAAGGAGUCCUCGACGACCUCUAAUGACCCAACGGAGCCUCGCACCACCACGCCGGCGCAGUCAAAUAUUCAGAGGAUCCCCAGGCCUCAGGAACCCAGGACCGAGGUCAGAACCUCCACCAGGAGGAGCAUGGUGUUCCCCUACGCGUACGAGAGGAAGAAGGACCCAAGGACUAGAUACAUACCUCUGAUCCCCGAAGAGGACCUCGGCAGGCCGCGCUAUACCGUCGAGAGGGAACGUUGAGGCUACCGGAGUUCUGAAUCUUUGGAACCUACUCGUUGAAUUCUAUGUUGAUGUUUCGAAUUGUGCGUUUGUGUUUGAAAUUGUGCGUUGGAAAUUCCGGAAUUGUCCGCUCUUGCUACGAAUUGGAACUUCGUUGACCGCAGCUUCCAAGCUGUUAAACUGGGCGAGACGACUCUGUGAUCUUGUUUUUUUUUUACCUCAUCGGCCCUCUGAAGACGUUACUGGAACGUUGUAGACGAUCCGGCCUAAUCCGAACUAUUAUUUAUUAAAUUAUCAUCGUACUUCUUCCAGCGAUCGUCACCGGAAGCCGGAAAGUUUGAUGAAGCGUCGAAGGGUCGAAUGCAACCCAGGUACCGUCUUCCGAGGACCGACCAGUGCUCUCGCAAGUUCUGUUUGAUUCGAAUGCGGUUUAUUUAUUGCGUUUAUAAAUUCGGAAAUGUUGUUGCGUUUGAGAAGUCUAGUGUUCUAGACUCUGAUGUCUAUGUUGUUGUUCGACAACGAUGCUUUUUUGACUAACGAUUUGUAUUUUGUUAAUUAAAGAUGUCCUCUAUACUGUGGAUCGUGGUAACGUGUAAUUGAAUACCAUCCGGGUGUAACGGCCCGAAGCACGUUUAGGUGAAUAAUGGAUACUUGGGUUAGAUCAGCUAACCUAAACGUCUUACUGUGGCUCUGUUGAUUAAACUUCUGACUUUUUCACUAUUACUACCUUCUUACACAGUAUUUUAUAUUCUUUAUGAAAACUAAAAUUAGCGUUAACUAUAACGUUAGUUCAGUUGAACCAAAAUGUGCUGUGGAUCGUUGUUCCAGGUUGGUAGUAUAUUCUAGUAGAACCUCGAUAAUCCGAGCUUGAGUGUGGCGACACAAACGUUUGGAUAACGGUAUAGUUAGUUAUAGUGCCAGACUAAAUAUUGAUUCAUACAGUAAGUGGUGUUGCAUAUGUGUUGCUUUAAGUUUCGGAUAAUCUAGGUUCUGCUGUAUUUAAUCGUGAUACGUCUCGUCAGAGGGCGUUGUGUGGCAUUAUCGAAGAAGCCUGCAAGGAUGUUUGGUAAAAAUUGGAGCCUUAACUUUAUUUUUGUAUAUAGGAAUUUUUUUACAAUAUAUAUAUAUAUAUAUAUAAUAUAUAUUUAUAAUAUAUAAUAUAAUAUAUAGCUUCGCUGAAAUCUUUCUCUUCUCGUUCGUUAUAUUAAUUCUUAGCAAUUAGAAUUGUUAUUAUCCUCAGUACCAUCGUCGUCUGUACACCCCUCCCCGGUCGCGUCUACGCUCUUUGUCUUUCCCUUUGUUUAUUUAAUGUCGAAACGGACGAUCGUAGGAGCAAUAACUCCCUUGUUCCUCUGUACAUAGAACGACGCCCGGAAACAGUAUUGUAGUGUCUUCGUUCGUUUCUCCUCGUAAUAAAUAUGUACAGGUCGGGUGGUUGGCCGUCCAUCGCGGGCCACAUGGACGAUAGUCCCGGAAAAGUAUUGGAAGAGACGAUUUAAGUGGAUUCUCUAAAUGUGUACCUACACGUUAUACCUAUUUUUACUUAAAAUAAAUAACCCUCUUGAAGAAGAAAAA